AUGGAAGUAGAAAUUAUUUCCAAAGAGAAAAUUAAACCAUCUUGCCCAACACCCUCUCACCUGAGAAUUUUUAAGCUUUCACUUCUGGACCAGCUCAUACCAGCUCCCUAUGCUCCCGUAAUCCUCUUUUAUCAUCCUCCUAUAAAUGAAAAUGACGAUGAUAAUAUUAAUAGCAGGUUACAUUUGCUAAAGACCUCUUUGGCAGAAACCUUAACUGGGUUUUACCCACUUGCUGGGGAGAUCAAAGAUGACCUGUCCAUUGACUGCAACGACCAAGGAGCUCAUUAUGUGGAAGCCCGAGUUAACUACUCUAGUCUUGAUGAAUUUCUCAGCCGACCUGACCUUUUGCUACUACUACAUCGCUUCCUCCCUUGUGAUGUAACAACUGCAGGUGCAAGUGUAACCAACAUUCAAGUCAAUGUGUUCAAAUGUGGUGGCAUCGCCAUCGGCCUAUGCAUCUCACACAAGAUCCUUGAUGGUGCUGCUUUGUGCACCUUUCUCAAAUCCUGGACUGCCAUUGCUCAUUCAGAUUCAGAUGAUCAUCAAACAGAAGACGCAACAACAUAUGCAAGCGUAGCUUCUUCAAUAAUAGGAGGGCCCAAUUUAUUUGCUGCAACUCGUCUGUUCCCCACCAACGAUGAAUUAUGGCUUAGAGAUUCAUCAAUUCCGAUGUGGGGUUCCUUGUUCAUAAAGGACGGCAAGUCCUCAUGCGUCACAAAAAGAUUUGUAUUUGAUGCCUCAGCUAUAGCCAACCUCAAGGACAUGGCCAAAAGUUCAUCAUCAUGUGUGCAAGUACUGAAACGUGGACCCACGCGUGUCGAAGUGGUUUCGGCUUUCAUAUGGCAAUGCGCCAUGGCUGCCUCUAAACAAAAAUAUGGUUUCCAAAGGCCUUCAGUGCUGACUCACACGGUGAACUUGCGCUCAAGGAUAUUCUUAGAUGAUGCUUAUGAGGCUGCAGCAGCAUCAGAUACUGCCGCUGCUGCGGAUUUAAAUUUGGAGAAUUCUAUUGGAAACCUCCUUUGGAUAGCGGCUGCCCGAUGUCCGACGGUAAUGCUAGAUGAGGAGGAGGAGAUGGUUGUGGUGGCUACUAAUAAUAAUAAUAAUAGCUCCGCCUCCGGAUCAAGAAUAUUGCAUGGGUUGGUGAGUGAGUUGAGAAAUGCAUUGUCAAAAGUUGAUGGUGGAUUUGUUAAGAAAAUGCGAUCAGGCGAGGAGGGGAAUGGAUCGAAACCAGCCAAGGCCGGUCUUCUUGCUCUUGGGGACCAAUUAAAAAAUGCAAUGAGUGUCUGA